UUUUUCUAUCAAUUUUAAACGUCAAAACACCGCGCCAGAGUUAUACUAUACUUGCAUGCCGUGCCGAAUUAUUUAUUACGACCAAUAGUAUUCUGGAAUUACGAGAGGCGUUGCGUUACGUUACGAUACUUGCAUUAAAAGUUGUUGCAUUGGAUUUAAUUAUUUGGUUCAAUAUGUGUAGAAAUAAUUAAUAUAAUUAACAUCACAAAGUCAAUUUAUUGUAGCUUGCAAAAUGAUAGAAGACGACGACGAUCCUGUAGUGGAUGAGAUCCCCAUAUUUCUGUCACAAGCACUGACUGACUGCUUGUACGUAUAUCAGUACCCAGUUAGGCCUGCAAAUAAAGAUUGGGAAAGCGUACAUGUAGCUAAAGCCUCUUUCAAACCUAAGAAUCAAAUUGUGCGGCUUGAAAUCAGUCUGGACAUCGACAGCGACAAGUACAGCGCUUCUAAAGGCGAACAGAUUGCUAUUAAUACUGAUGGCAUGCAGGACUUGAGAUUUGUCAGAGAAAAAGACAGAGAUAAAGCACCUUACUUCCAAAAUUGUGUAAUGGACAAAAUAGUAUAUGAGAGCAGCAUGCCAUGCACGGACAUUGACCAUUACGCUGUGGCAAUUUUACAAGAUAAAGAACUUCAUCUUACACCCAUUAAAGGAAUUUUGCAACUUCGACCGUCUUGUUCAUAUUUCGACAAGCAAGACAAAAAGAAGCAUGACAAAAACAAAACAGAUAACUCUGAUGAUGAAGAGAAAGAACCAGAAGCACAACAAGUGAUUGUGAAGUUUGCGAGACAGGAGACGGAACUGGCAAAGAAGGCACGUGAGAAGUCCUAUGAGACCUUGAUACAGAAGAUAAAUGCAGAACCAUGGUACAAUUCCCUUUGGAAGCACUCUGAUUCAGAUCAUGCUGAUUUGGAGCGUCUAAAGUUAUUUAGUGCUACGACGUCUGACGGAGUGACCCUUAACAUGCCCGGGCGGGAGUAUCUACGCGUGCUGGUGCCGCCGCCAUUACACGAGGAGGCAGACGCCAAAUCUGAAGAGAUACUACCACUCGUUGAACAAAUUAAACGUUUACUUAUUAGUGCCAAGUUAAUGACAUUCAACGACCUCCAAGCGCAGUUACGGUUUGAGGAGGGUGUGACGGUGUCCGAGAGCACGCUACUGGCGACUCUGGGCGGCGUUGCAUGCUGCGUACGAGGUUUGUGGACGCCGCGGUCGGCUGACCUAUACACACGUGCCGGGCCUGUACCGCCCAGGCUCAUGUGCGCCGCACGAGACCAUGUGUUGUACCUUUUCACUCAACACCCGUAUGUGGACAGGAGGAAAGUCGCUGCUGCAGUACGGUUGCCGCCUGAGGACGUCCUUGAAAUAAUGCAAUCAAUAACCAAGUAUAAUCCUCGAACCGGCUGGGAACUCCUCAUUCCAGCAGACAUUGCCUUCGAGGCGAAAUACCCUGAUAUAAUCCAGAGACAAAACUUAUAUUGGGAAGCAAGACAAAGACAAUUCAACGAAAUGCAAAUAGGCGAAAAUAUACCUAAAAGGCAAAGAAAGAAGUCCCAAAGAGAUUCAGUUGGUUCAGAUAUUAUGAGUCCUAAACCAAGAUGUAAUAGUGUUAGUGAUGAGGACAGUGGUAGAAAAGUGAAGGGGAAAGGUGUUGGGAAAAGAACUAGAAAUAUGAGUUCCAGUAGUGUUCAGGAUUUUACGUAAAUACUUCUAAACAAGCUAAACUGUUUUUUUAAAUUAA